CUACUUUUAUAAUUACACGAAACAUCUAAAAUGCUUUCAGUUGAGUGAAUAGAUAACUAAACGAACAGAUAUCGACAUAUUAACGCCGCUACGUUCAAAUACUUAUUCAAAUGAAUCUCGAUUGUUGAUAAAGGAAAAUCAUGUCUCUGUUAGAAAAUAACUCAUUUAUUCAAAUAUUGACAACAACUUUCCAUCCGCAUGAUGAAAAAUAUGAAGAAUAUCAUCACAAUGAUGAAAAUAUGUCGGAUGUAUUGAUCGCAAAAGGAAUCACAAUGAUUAUCUUAUGCAUAGUAAGCACUUGCAUGGGUAUUUUACCUAUGCAAAUGGCAAAGUGCUUAAAAUGGAAUAUUUCUAAUACUGAAAAUCCUAGGUCAACAAAAUUAGUAAGCUUUCUUCUUGGAUUCGGUGGUGGUGUUCUUUUUUGCACGAUGUUUCUUCAUUUAUUACCCGAAGUAAAGAAAGGACUAGAACAUCUUACAAAAGAAGGAAAACUUCCAAAAUUUAAUUUUUCCUUAUCUGAAAUGCUUACUUGUACUGGUUUUUUUAUUAUGUAUUUGGUCGAAGAAUCAGUACAUUCAUAUUUGCGGAAGAAAAAAGCACACAAAAAAGAAUUUUCAAAGAAAGAUGUUAGCAGGAGUACCAAUGAAUUAAUCGAAAAUGGAGAAACUUUGCCGAAUUUUGUUAGUGGACAUUCACAUUAUAACAGUCAUGGUCAUUCGCAUCACUUACCAGUCAUAAUAGAUGAGAAACAUGACUUUGUCAUAAGUUCAUUAAGAGGAUUAUUAAUUAUUUUGGGUUUAUCUGUACAUGAAUUAUUUGAAGGACUUGCUAUUGGAUUAGAAAGUUCAGCCUCUUAUGUUUGGUACAUGUUUGCAGCAGUAGCAGCUCACAAAUUCGUGAUAGCAUUUUGUAUUGGUGUAGAAUUAAUUACUUAUAAUACCAGACGAUAUCUUUCGAUAAUCUAUAUUUGCACAUUUGCAAUUGUUUCUCCUCUAGGAAUUGCCAUAGGAAUUUUUCUAGUUGGUGGCGAAAGUGCCGCCACCAGUGGCAUAUUACCAGUACUACUGCAGGGUUUGGCUUCUGGUACAUUAUUGUAUGUAAUAUUUUUCGAAAUUCUUCAAGAGCAUAGAAGUGGACUCAAUCAAUAUUUAUCGAUUCUAUUUGGAUUCAUCUUGAUGUUUGGAUUACAGUUGUUAAGUCACCAAACAGUCACGUUGAGUUCAUGCAUCUGCGAGAAACAUUUACAUACACGUUAGCUGUGGCACGUAACUGUCCAACACUACAGCAACAGCAACACGCGUCAAUACAAAAGGGGAAAGGAGAGAAACGAGCAUCGGUCUGGUAGGAAGCAAUGUGUCUAAUGGAAGGGGAAGAGAGCAGGAAACAGCACGGCUAUGUAAGACGCGAGGGGAUCAUGAGUCGAGUAGGCAACUAGCCCUGAGUAUUCGAUUCACCGUCGUACCGCAUGGAACAGACGUAAUUUAUUCUAAUUAGAUUCAUUUAUAUAGUUUUUUCAAAUCCUUUUCGCGAUUCUCAAAAAUAAACUUUCUCACAAGCUCACUAGUUAAAAUAUACGGUUAUAAAAUAUAUUUAGAAGAUAUCAUCAACAAUUAAAUAGUCAUUUCAAAACUAUA